UUGAAACUAGGAGUAGUUGACUUUGCCAGUUCAAUUCAAAAACCAUCUGCCCCUGGUGCCAUUUUGCAGUGCCCAUCAGACAUCAGAGAAUCGCUGACUUGCCAACAGAUGAAUACCGCGGGCGGCAAGUACGACGUGUUCUUGAGCUUUAGAGGCGAAACACGCAAGGGCAUCACGGACCAUCUCUACCAUACAUUAAACGACUACAAGUUCAAUGUCUUUCGGGACAAGGACCGAUUGAUUUGUGGGGAUGUUAUAAAAGAAAAUCUGAAGCAAGCAAUCAAAGAGUCCAGGCUUGCUGUCAUCAUGUUCUCAAAGGGGUAUGCGGGAUCCAGAUGGUGUCUUGACGAGCUGGUGGAGAUCAUGGAGUGCAGCAGAACACAGGGUCAACAUGUUUUUCCGAUUUUUUUCGAUGUUGAUACUUCAGAUGUCAGGCAUCAGACUGGUAGUUUUGAAACCGCGUUCAAGAACCAUGAACAAAAGUUUGAGGAAGAAAUGGUCCGCAAGUGGGGAAAUGAUUUUAAGGCAACUGCAGAGUUUCAGAGGGAUGAACAAGAGUUUAAGGAAAAGGUCCGGAUCUGGAGAGAUGCCCUUCAUGCAGCUGCAGGGUUGAGCGGCAAGGACUUUCAAGUGACUGACGGGCAUGAAGGAAGUUUUAUCAGGGAAGUUGUUGGCCAGAUCGCUACAAUACUGAAGAAACCAUGCUUAAAUGUAGCUACAAAUCCAGUUGGAAUAGAUUCUCGCGUGCAAGAAAUCAGUAAUUAUUUAGAUGUUGAAGGAUCAAAUGAUGUUCGCAUAAUCGGAAUUUGGGGGAUGGGCGGACUAGGGAAGUCAACGAUUGCAAAAGCUAUUUUCAACGAAUACCAGCACAGGUUUAGUGGUGCAUCUUUUCUUCCGAAUGUGAGAGAAGAUAAGAAACUGGUUGAUUCGCAAAACAAACUUCUGUUUGACAUCUUGAGAUUGGGCCACAGAAAGGUGGGUAUGCCCGAUGAAGGGACCAAGGAGAUAAAUACAAGACUUCGCCAAAUAAAGGUUCUUGUCAUUAUUGAUGAUAUAGACUCUGUGGCCCAGAUAGAUACAUUGGCUAUAAAACGUGACUCGUUUGGUCCAGGAAGUAGAAUUGUUAUAACAACAAGAGAUAAAAGUUUGCUAAAGACACCUGAAGUGGUGGAUAAGGCAUGUUCCCUGCCAGCAAUGAAUGACGAUGAAGCUCUUGAGCUCCUUAGUUGGCGUGCCUUUCAAAAGAGUUCUCCUAAUGAAGGAUUCCACAAAGUCUCAAGAGAAGCUGUUCGUUAUUGUGGGGGUUUACCACAUGCACUUAAAGCUGUAGGUUCUUACCUACAUAAAAAAACCCCGAAAGAAUGGACAAGUGCAUUGAAAAAAUGGAACGAAUCACAGCCUUAUCCGGAAAUUCAUGAAAAGCUUAAGAUAAGUUAUGACGGGCUUAAGGUUGCCCAGGUGGAGGAUAUAUUCCUUGAUGUAUCCUGUUUCUUUACUGGAAUGGACAAGGACCGCGUCAUGGCCAUAUUGGAUGGGUGUUACUGUGAGCCAACAACAGAUAUUGAAGUACUCAAGGAGCGAUGCCUUGUAACUGAUGAUCCAAAGGGUAGUCUGAUGAUGAUGCACCGUUUGAUUCGAGACAUGGGCAGAGAAAUUGUACGUGCUAGAUCCCCUAAGAAGCUUCAAAGUCGCUGUAGAUUGUGGCAUCAUGAAGAUGUAAUAAACGUUUUGAGGAAAAAAAGUGGAACGGAAGAAAUAGAAGGAAUCGCUUUAGAUUCUCCAGAACCUGACAAGCUUAGCUUCAGUACAGAAACAUUCAGAAAUAUGCGGAACCUGAGAUUACUCAAAAUAAAAGGCGUAAAGUUCACUGGAGACUGCGAACAUCUUCCCGAUGAGUUAAGAUGGUUAAGUAUGUCUGACUUGCCUCAGCAGGCCAUCCCAGAGGAUUUUAAUCAACCAAACGUAGUUGACAUCGACCUGAGUUGUAGCAAUAUACAAGUCUGGAAUGACAACGUGUCACUUGAAAAGUUGAAGUUUCUCAAUAUUGGUUCUUGUGAUAACCUGAAAGAAUCACCAGACUUUUCAAGAAUCCCAAAUAUUGAAAGAUUGAUACUCGAAGCCUGUAAGAGUUUGUCCAAGAUUCACCACUCCAUAAUACAAUUGAAGAACCUAAAGUAUUUAUCUGUUGCGAAUUGCCAAAACCUUCAGAAAAUCCCAGAUUUACCAACAAAAUUGGAAAUCCUGAAAGCGGAUGAGUGCAUUGCAUUGGAAGAGAUGCCAAAUUUUUCAAAAAUGUCGAGUAUGGUAGAACUGCAUCUGAAUCACUCCCCCAAACUCACUGAGAUUCUAGGCUUGGAUAAGUCGUUAAACAAUAUGAUAAGGAUUCAUAUGGAAGGGUGCACCAAUCUCACUGCUGCUUUUAAAAAAGCAAUCCUACAGGAAUGGAGCGCGAGCGGAAAUGGUGAUCUUUUUCUCCCCGGAAAUGAUCUUCCAUCAGGGUUUACAUGCGUUGACCUGAAGGAUGAAAUAUUUAUGCCGCAAUGUUUUGGCUAUGAUGCAAAAGCAUUGACUCUGUGCGUCGUUUAUUCUUCAGACGACUCCAAAUCCAAGCACACUGAGUUUUCAACCCCUCUGUAUGCAACCGUAAUAAAUCGCCAUGAAAGUUAUAUUUGGCUGGGACAUUUAUCAAACAAUAAGCUCAAUGUGAACGGUGGGGCAAGGAUAAAUGUUGGUGCACACUUAUCACGACACAGGAGUACUGAUGAUAUUCAUCUCAGGGUGCAGAAAAUAGGGGUUUACCAGGAGCAGGAAAAUUUAGUCAAUAAAUUUUCCAAUCUUAUGGCACGUUCAAGUGAGUAUGACAAUGGAAAUAGCCAAUCUUAUGACAUGUUCAAAUAAUUUCAGAAAUGAAAUUGGAGGAAGAUUAUGAAGUUUUGGUAUUUUUUUUAGAGCACAAGUUGUGUUUCUCCACUGUAUAUCCCUUCAACAAUGUAACAGUAGGCGUACAGUCGCUACAAACAAUGAGAGAGAGAGAGAGCCUAUGAGCUCAAUCUCAGCCAUUCAUUCACUGCUCUAUGAGAAGAUAUUUCAUAUAUAAAGUAUCGACAUUAACAAAAA